AUGUGCGUGGAUGACGACUUGGAGGGGUUGCAGGAUCGUCUGAGAGAGGCAGAGGAGCGCAUCAAGCGAAUGACGCGUCUGAUGCUGCGUGCGGUGUGGCGGUACGUCACGCAGCACCAUUCUCUCCCUUUGCUGGGGAAGGGUCCUUCCGCAGUCACGACAGCUGCUGUGCCGGCGCCUCGCGUGAAGGUUGCUGUGCCGCAGCCUCGACAUCAUCAUGCGUUGCAGCCCAGAAAAGAAUUUGCUGCUGCUCCUGCUGGUGCUGCUGCUACGGCGCAGCACAUGAAAGGCGCCGCAAGAGGGCUGGACCAAGCCCGACUCAGUCGGGAGCUCUACCGGAAGGCGUUUGGAGAGGCACGUCAAGAGGUGGAGAUGGAGGCCGUGCCGCCAGUAACUCCGCUGGGGGGAACUGAGGGCGAGGCGAUUCCAUCCGUUGCUCUAGUUUUGCUACAGUCGUCUCGGGAGAGAGCUAUUAUGUCGGCCUUUUUACUGCGCCUUCGUUUGGCGGCGCGUCGGCGACGUUUUCUCCACGCGGAGUGUGAGCUUAGGUACGCGUACUAUCGCCUUCGUCGUGUGCUGCGGGCGUGGUCCGUGUUUGCGCGGGAGGCCAACAAUAAUCGACGAAGACUACUUUAUGAUGUCGUACUUCAUUGGGUUGGCGUCGUGGAGCGACGACGACAGACGCAAGAAUGUUUGCGUCGCUUCCGUGCAAGUUUGAAGAGAAGAGGUUGCGCAUUUGUGGGUGUCCGACGCCGUAGAUUGCGACACUGCUUCCUGCGCUGGCGUGAACGUUUAGAUGUUUGCCGCCUCCUGAGCGGCAUGGAAGUGCGAGCGGCGGACAUGCGCAGGAGGCACAAGUAUGUGGAGCUGGCUCAAGUCGGUCAGCCCGCCGCUGUGUUCGCUAUCAAAGACCGUGUUCUCUCCCAUUGGAAAAGAAAGACAGAACAUCGGCUAGACCUUCGAUUGGCUGAGUGGAUGUCUAGGCGCCUUUUGCUGCGACAGGCGUGGAAUGAACUGCUCCAUCGCUACGUCUCCGCCAGGCAACAGCGCACGGAGUUGGAGACUCCUUUAGCAUGCGGCCCGCCCAUCGUUUACGUGGCGGCGCAGCGGGCGGAGUUCGCGGUGUUUAAGCUUCAGUGUGCGCAACGGAUUGCGCAGGGGAGACUGCGAAAAGUCGCGCUUGCACAAUGGCGUGCGAAGUAUCGGAACCGGUUGUCGGACCGUUUCUUUGUCUUCCGCCGUCUUGUUCGCGCGAUGGAGACGUGGCUGCAGGCGCUUCGACGAAAACGGGUCACCUCCUUCGUGACCGCGGCAUGCUGGUGCCGCUGGCGACGGCGACUGGACUUGCGUUUGCAGAAUGCGCAGUCGCAGUGUUGGAGACGGCAAUGCUUGCAGCGACGUGUCGUACUGCUGUGGCGCAAGCAGGCUGCCUGUAGGCUCUUUUACCGACAGCAAACCCUUUAUGCGUGCUACGCCAAGUGGUGGUGGCGUGCAAGGCUGAGGUGGGCACGGAGGCGACUGGCGGCAGCCAAGAAGAGACGCGUGCUGUUGAAUUGGCGCGAAGUCGCGGCGCGCGAGCAAAAUCAGCGGGCCAUGACAUGUGUCGCAGAAACGUUGCGUGAGCUGGUGCUUUUGAUGGGGUGUUUUCGGCGCUGGAAGGGGCGGUACGAGCACGCGUGUCGUGCACGCCUCUCUGAGAGUAUUUUGAGCGAUUUGCGGCGUGAGCGGCAGCGGGCGCGGCUGUUCCAGCGAUGGAAGCGUUUGACUUUCUGGCCUCGUGCGGCUUGUAAGGCUCUCAAUGCCGCCUAG